AUGCUUUCUUACAUGGAGAGCUCAAGGAAAUUUGCUACAUGUCACAACCUUCUGGCUUUAUUGAUCAUGAAAAGAAAAUCAUGUAUUUUUAUUACACAAGGAAAUUUAUGGUUUGAAACAAGCUCCAAGAGCUUGGACAUCCUUCUUACUGGCUCUUCACCUGAAUUUCUUCAAUCCAUAAUUUCUCAACUUCAAGCUCAGUUUCCAAUCAAGGAUCUUGGAGAUUUGCAUUACUUCUUGGGACUUGAAGUGAAAAGAGAUUCUUCUACUUUGUUUCUUUCUCAGACCAAAUAUGCCAUGGAUCUGUUUAAAAGAUUUAAUAUGGAAGGUGAAAAAGCUUGUCAAACCCCUUUCGCAGUCUCAGAUAAAUUGUUAAAAGAUGUUGGUGAAUUACUUGAUGAUUCAUCUGAAUACAGGUCUCUAGUGGGUUCUCUUCACUAUCUUACAUGGACAAGGCCUGAGAUUUUCUAUGUUGUGUAUCUAGUUUGUCAGCACAUGCAACAUCCUAGAGUUUCACAUCUCACUGCAGCUAAAAGAAUUCUCAGAUACAUUAAGGGUACUCUCCAUUUUGGCUUGGAAUUUACAAAAGGUUCUUUUUUCUUAUUAGUCUUUUCAGAUGCUGAUUGGUCUUGUAAUGUUGAUGAUAAAAAGUCUACAGGUGGAUAUUGUGUAUUAUUGGGAUCCAAUUUGGUUUCUUGGUCUUUUAAAAAGCAAACAAAAGUUGCCAGAUCUAGCACAUAG